CGGACGUCGUUAUUUUGCCUGGGAAGAGUUACCCGUUGUGUUGUAUUAGUUUCUGCAUCCCUUCUUAAUAUUUCAAAAGUACUACAGUUAUCCACGUUUUUUUUUUUUGCUUGUCAGACUCGUCAUGUCGGUCGUGCCUCCCAACCGAUCCUCCACCGGUUGGCCCCGUGGAGUGAAUCAAUUCGGCAAUAAGUACAUCAGUCCGCCGACGAAGCCGCUGACACUGGAGAGAACCAUCAACCUGUACCCCCUGACGAAUUACACUUUCGGGACCAAGGAGCCCCUGUAUGAGAAGGAUAGUUCGGUUGCCGCGCGCUUUCAGCGCAUGCGCGAAGAGUUCGAGAAGAUAGGCAUGCGUCGAACGGUGGAGGGUGUGCUCAUCGUGCACGAGCACCGGCUUCCACACGUGUUGCUGCUGCAGUUGGGGACCACCUUCUUCAAGCUCCCUGGGGGCGAGCUGAACCCAGGAGAGGAUGAAGUGGAAGGACUGAAGCGGCUGAUGACAGAGAUUCUGGGCCGUCAGGACGGGGUGAAACAGGACUGGGUGAUUGAUGACUGCAUUGGAAACUGGUGGAGACCCAAUUUUGAGCCCCCACAGUACCCCUACAUUCCUGCUCACAUCACCAAACCCAAAGAACACAAGAAGCUCUUCUUGGUCCAGCUACAAGAGAAAGCUCUAUUUGCAGUGCCAAAGAACUACAAACUGGUGGCUGCCCCUCUGUUUGAGCUAUAUGACAACGCUCCCGGAUAUGGCCCCAUCAUCUCCAGCCUACCGCAACUCCUGAGCAGAUUCAACUUUAUCUAUAACUGAGGUACGAGAGCACAUCCAUGACACACCCAUGUUUCGCUAUCAUGAGCACUGCAUUGGCAGGGGGGACCAGGACUGACCUUCGUAGACACACACGUCCCUUGUCUGCAUUUCUGUGCUCACACCUGUUUUGUGAAAAUACUUUAGAUAAUGUUGAAAAAAUACAAUUUUUUUUUUUUUUUUUUUUGUUUUGAUUUUAUUUUUUUAUCUGGUCAUAAACAUGUAAACCUCUUCCUGGUGAUCUGUCCCU